GCGAGUGUUGUUAUCGACGAUGCAGUGGCGGAUAAGCAGAAUCCUAGCAGCACGUCUGCUGGUGAAGCAGAUGAUCCUGGAAAUGGUGCUAGUACAAAAACAACAACAACAAACAGUGUUUCGAAUAACGUCGUUGACACAGCAGCUCAACGUCUUCGGGACAAGGUUAUAUCUUCAGCGUCUACAACUGGUACUACUACUACGCAUAGCGCUGCAACUGCGACAGACCACAGUACACAGUCGAAUGGGGCACCAGCAGACGACGGAGGCAUGAUCUACGUGACCGAAGACCGGUGUUCUACCCUAACAGCUGUAGGGGACUUGGCGUUGGUCUUGAGCAUUGUGCAGUAUUUCCUG